CUGUAGGACGAACCACCGUUUCUCAGCAUUACCAACGCGCGGAUAGGAAAGUUGCUCUUGGGUAACUGUACAUUAGAAGGAGAUCCUAGCAGCGAAAAGGUCCGAGCCAAGUAAUGUUGACGCGAUGGUCGCGUAUGAAACAGGUGGCUAACAAUGCGGAAUGGAAUGGACUAUGUACCCUAGUUCUGGCUUUGAAAGCAAUUGCGCAGUUCGAAGAGGCUAAGAAUAGUACGCAGAAAGAAGGAGACGUGAGAACGAGCGACGGAUGUAGAACAGCACACGUCGGAAAAUAUGAAGGGGUGUCUGAUGGAAUAAGUAUCAAACAGCAGCGUCACGUAGCAGGGGGUAGGGGCGGGGUGAGCAAAUAGAAGAGGGAGCACCGCCGGCAUCUGCGACAACGUCCUCUCUAAUAGCAACAGCUCCAAGGCCCCGGCAAAAUUAUUAGGGCCCGGCAAAAUGCUCUACAGAG